AUUUGCGCACAGACGCAGAAGAAGCCGGCUUCCUGGUCCGGAUUGUAAAUGGACUGUGGUUUUAAAGGUUCGGUUGACGUCUGAUCGCUGAUCCCGCUGAGGUUCGGGUUCGUUCUAUGUGGACUCCGACUGUCGCGGGACGUCAACACAGAGGACGUUCGGUGGACAGUUAAGGCUAGCCGUUAGCAGAGCGCUAACGUUAGCUCCCAACGCCGCACACACGCGCAGUGUGUCUGUCUGUCAUUGAGUGCUCAGCCAUGUGUGCCGAACCAGACGCCCUGGCCGUGGUCAACCAGUUGAGGGACCUGGCUGCCGACCCCAUGAACCGGAGGGCCAUCGUCCAGGACCAAGGCUGCCUACCAGGACUCAUCCUGUUCCUGGAUCAUUCCAACCCUCAGGUGGUCUACUCCACCCUCCUGGCCAUCCGUUAUUUGGCAGAAUGUCGAGCUAACCAGGAGAAGCUGAAAGGAGAGCUGGGAAUGAUGCUGAGCCUCCAGAACGUAGUGCAGAAAACGACCACUCCAGGGGAAACAAAACUCUUGGCAUCAGAAAUCUAUGAGCUGCUCCAGGCGUCGAGUGACUUGGCUCGCGAGCCUGCUGAGAAGGUGGUCAGCAGUCGUCGUAAAGCCCAGUUCUUCCUGGGUUCCAGCAACAAGAGAGCUAAGACGGUCAUCCUCCACAUCAACGGGCUGGACGACCCGAGUCGGAGGAGUCUGUGUGAGGAGGCCCUGCUGAAGAUCAGAGGAGUCAUCAGCUUCACCUUCCAGAUGGCCGUCAAACGCUGCGUCGUCCGAAUCCGAUCAGACCUGAAGGCCGAGGCUCUGGCGUCCGCCAUCGCGUCAACUCGGGUGAUGACGGCGCAGCAGGUGGUGAAGACUGGAGAUGGAGACGAGGUGUUGGUUCCGUUUGCUGAGGACAGCUCUGUGGAGGUGGAGCAGAACGUGGACUUGCCAGACUACCUGCCUGAGGAUGAAAGUCCUUCCCAGGAGCCUGACAAGGCAGUAAGCCGAGUGGGGUCUAGCCAGGACGGAACCAGCUGGCUUGGCGCCGCCGCCAACUUCCUUUCCCGCUCUUUCUACUGGUGACCUCACAGGGUGGUCCCACCCUCCCUCACCUGUUCAAAAGGUCUAACUAUGAACCAGAAGGACCAGCACACUCCACAGGAUGGCGGGUUCAAGGAGAGAAACCGGGACCAUGGUUUUCCUUUGAUGUUGUAACUUUUAAAACUCAACAGUUCUUCAUAAGACGCAGAAACGGUUGUUACCACAGUAACAUCUGGAGGAAACCUGCACAGUGGGAUCAAAACAGACUUCUUAUCUUUUUUCUGCUGUUCAGUUAUUUAUUUGAAGUGAGGAAGUACUGAGCGAUGUUUUUGCUGCGCCUUUGAUUUCACCACUUGCCCAGAAGUUACAAUCAUCACAACUCAUGUUCUGUAAAGUGACCACGAUGACAUCACCACAGGUCCACAGCGGUGCCACAGCCUCCACACUGGAACCACCCAGGUCGACCUCAGUCCACCCCGCCUCCCAAAGUCGCCUCUGAGAGGAACCGCACGUGGCCCAGGACACGCCCACGUCUCACAGGGUGGAUGCAGGUGUUCUGUCGGACCCUGGGUCGGUCCCGUAGAGCGGUGGAGGUGGUGACGUGACGCACAUGCUCCCAGACCGAACCGGAGCCUAGAGUGGAGACGCGAGCUGGUGGAACACUGUGACAAACAGAAACUUGAACUUGAAGGCACCAUGGCCCCGUUUACAUGCGCAUGAAAAUCCGCUUUCUGUCUGAUUAUUAAGUGUUCAUGUAAAUGGUAAAAUCCAUUAACGACCGCCAGCCGACUGUGGGAAAUCAGACCAACGCACCUGGAAUUCUCCCCAAUACUCUGAUUUCUUCAGUACAUGUAAACCAUCGAUCAGAUUUAUUUUGUUUAAAAUCUGUGCGUGUGAAAGCAGCUGUUACUCACAUGUCCAAAACUAACAGGAUGUCCUUGAACCUCCCUGUGUGUUGUCAUGGCAAUCUGUGCAGUUUAUCAAUCAAUCAAUGUCAAUUUUAUUUAUAUAGCGCCAAAUCACAACAAACAGUUGCCGCAAGGCGCUUUAUAUUGUAAGGCAAGGCCAUACAAUAAUUAUGUAAA